CGCUAGCCUGGCAUCCCGGGGCGAGCCGUGGCCCAGAGCCGCUGAAGCAAGGCAGGCCUCCCACUCCGGACAGCGCGUGCUGCAGCGGACGUCAGCUCACACAAUAACGGGCAAUCGGCCGUGCCACUGCAGAUGAUGUUAUAGAUGACAGCUCCGCACAGAGAGAAAAGGACGUCGGAUCAAUAAGAGCUUCUCUUUUCCCCCCCCGAAUAUAACGAGGCGAGAUCGAAAAGGAGUGACUGAAAGCAGGAGCGAACCCCUCCCUCGUCUGGCCCUGCCCUCUCGGAACGGAUUGAACAUGGGGCCGAGCCGGAAGCCGCUCUGCCUCGUCCCGUGUCUGGGGGUCCUGUUCCUGCUGGGGGCGCUGGCCGCGCCGGCACCGUCCCUCGCCACGCCCGCCCCCGCCUUCAAGACUUUCUCCCCGCCCGACUGGGGACUGACGCACCUGGUGAUCCACAAUAAGACGGGCGAGGUGUACGUGGGCGCGGUCAACUGGAUCUUCAAGCUGUCGGGCAACCUGACCAAGCUGCGGAGUCACAUGACCGGCCCCGUGGUGGACAACGAGAAGUGCUACCCGCCCCCCAGCGUGCAGUCCUGCCCCUACGAGCAGGUGCAGACCAACAAUGUCAACAAGCUGCUCCUCAUCGACUACGCCCAGAACCGGCUGCUGGCCUGCGGCAGCACCUCGCAGGGCAUCUGCCAGUUCCUGCGUCUGGACGACCUGUUCAAGCUGGGCGAGCCCCACCACCGCAAGGAGCACUACCUCUCCAGCGUCAGCGAGUCGGGCACCAUGUCCGGCGUCCUGAUCGAGGGCGCCGACGGCCACAACAGCAAGCUCUUCAUCGGCACGCCCAUCGACGGCAAGUCCGAGUACUUCCCCACCCUGUCCAGCCGCAAGCUGAUGGCCAACGAGGAGAACGCCGACAUGUUCAGCUUCGUCUACCAGGACGAGUUCGUCUCCUCGCAGCUCAAGAUCCCCUCGGACACGCUCUCCAAGUUCCCGGCCUUCGACAUCUACUACGUCUACAGCUUCAGCAGCGAGCAGUUCGUCUACUACCUGACCCUGCAGCUGGACACGCAGCUGACCUCGCCCGACGCCAGCGGCGAGCAGUUCUUCACCUCCAAGAUCGUGCGCCUCUGCGUGGACGACCCCAAGUUCUACUCCUACGUGGAGUUCCCCAUCGGCUGCACCAAGGACGGCGUGGAGUACCGGCUGGUCCAGGACGCCUUCCUCAGCCGGCCCGGCCGGCAGCUGGCGCGCUCGCUGGGCAUCUCCGAGCGGGAGGACGUGCUCUUCACCGUCUUCUCGCAGGGCCAGAAGAACCGGGCCAAGCCGCCCAAGGAGUCGGCGCUCUGCCUCUUCACCCUCCGCCGCAUCAAGGAGAAGAUCAAGGAGCGCAUCCAGUCCUGCUACAGGGGCGAGGGGAAGCUCUCUCUGCCCUGGCUGCUCAACAAGGAGCUGGCCUGCAUCAACUCGCCUCUGCAGAUCGAUGACAAUUUCUGCGGCCAGGACUUCAACCAGCCUCUGGGCGGGACCAGCACCAUCGAAGGAAUACCGCUGUUCGUGGACAAGGACGACGGGAUGACCUCGGUGGCGGCCUACGACUACCGGGGCAACACCGUGGCCUUCGCCGGGACCCGCAGCGGCAGGAUGAAGAAGGUAGGCGUGGCUCCGGCUCCGGCUCUCGCCAGCCCCUCCUUGGGUCCCGCUGAGAUCGACGCGCUCCCGCACGCGUGCGGCUCCUCGUACGGCCUUCCCGCUUCCCUCCCGCCCUCACGCUUCGGACGUUCCCCCCUCUCGGGCGAGGGCGUCUGA